UUGGCAUCUUUCCAUGCGCGCGCUGCACACCGUGCCGUUUCCUAUGGAACUGUGACCCCAGCCGAUACUACACCGGCUUUCCCCCCAUCUCUACUUUCUCUGAGCGUUUCCAUGUGAGGACCGGCGAUUUUGAGGAUAUCUAUUGGGUAGGAGGGUGGGGGGUCAAUCGCUUUGAUUUUCGGGGUAUUUUUUUGUUGCCGGCUGUCAGCUGUGACGCGACAUCUCGCAGACUGCAUGAGAAGCACAUGCCUAGAAGGGCGUGAACUUGUAGAUAUACCAACCUCACUUCACGUUGUUAAUAACACGCAUCAGCUUAUAUCUCUGCAGCCACUUUCCCCUCCGCCUGCGACCCCCGGACCCUUUCCCGGUCAUCUCAACUCAUCCCGGCGACACACGAUGGAUCUCAAAGCGGACGCAGAGGAGGUGGACUACAAGAAGCCGGUUCCCAUCGAAGUUUUCGCCGGCAGGUCCACGCUGCACGGCAUCUCGCACAUCAUCACUUAUGAGCGGAUGUGUAUCAAGCGCAGCCUGUGGAUCUUGUUCUUCUUGAGCUCCGUGAGCGUGCUGGUGCUGGUGUGCGUGGACCGGGUCCAGUUCUACUUCCAGUACCCACAUGUCACCAAGCUGGACGAGGUGGCGGCUCCGAUGAUGGUGUUCCCCUCUGUCACCUUCUGCAACCUCAACUCCUUCCGCUUCAGCCGGGUGACGCGCAACGACCUGUACCACGCAGGGGAGCUUCUUGCUUUGCUCAACAGCAGGUAUGAGAUCCGGGACCCCCACAUGGUGGAGGAAAAUGUCAUGCAGGUCCUGAAGGAGAGGGCCGACUUCGUCAACUACAAGCCUCGCCCCUUCAACAUGCGCGAAUUCUACGACCGGACGGGCCACGACAUCAAGGAAAUGCUGCUCUCCUGCUUCUACCGGGGCAUGGAGUGCAGUGCCGAAGACUUCCGAGUGAUAUUCACGCGCUAUGGGAAGUGCUACACCUUUAAUUCAGGCCAAGAUGGACGACCCCUUAUGGUGACGAUGAAGGGUGGGAUGGGCAACGGCCUCGAACUGAUGUUGGAUAUCCAGCAGGAUGAGUACUUGCCUGUAUGGGGAGAGACUGACGAGACGUCGUUUGAAGCGGGGCUCAAAGUUCAGAUCCACACCCAGGAGGAGCCGCCGUUCAUAGACCAGCUGGGCUUUGGAGUGGCGCCGGGGUUUCAGACCUUUGUCUCCUGUCAGGAACAACGGCUGACGUACCUGCCUCCACCGUGGGGUGACUGCAAGGCCACGCCGAUGGACUCGGACUUCUUCAGCAGUUACAGCAUCACGGCCUGCCGCAUCGACUGCGAGACGCGAUACCUGGUGGAGAACUGCAACUGCAGGAUGGUCCACAUGCCGGGAGAUGCCCCAUACUGCACCCCGGAGCAGUACAAAGAGUGUGCAGAUCCAGCCUUGGACUUUCUCGUCGAGAGAGACAAUGACUACUGCGUGUGCGAGACGCCGUGCAACAUGACCCGUUUCGGUAAAGAGAUAUCCUUUGUCAAGAUACCCAGCAAAGCAUCCGCCAAGUACCUCGCAAAGAAAUACAACAAGACCGAGCAGUACAUAGCUGAUAACAUUCUGGUUCUGGAUAUCUUCUUUGAAGCACUGAACUAUGAAACCAUUGAACAAAAGAAAGCCUACGAAUUGGCAGGCCUUCUGGGUGAUAUUGGAGGUCAGAUGGGUCUCUUCAUCGGAGCCAGCCUCCUCACUAUACUUGAACUCUUUGACUAUCUAUAUGAGGUGAUCAAGUACAAGCUGUGCCGAUGCGUGAAGAAGAAACACAAAGGGCGCAACAACAGUGACCGGGGAGCUGUGCUGAGCCUGGAAGAUGUGAAGCGUCAUGCUCCUUGUGAGAACCUGCGUACACCAUCAACGUAUCCUGGCAACAUGCUACCUCAUCACCCGGGCCAGGCCAACUUUGAGGACUUCACUUGCUGAGCAGACCCGGGUGAAGCAUCAAAGUGCGUGUUAUGCAACCAAAGCCAACCAUACAACAAGAACUAUCCAGCACGGGGAGCGUGAGGAACUGAUACAAAGUCUAACAGAGGCACUUUUUACAUGGAAAGAGAGUAAAGCGGACAAAUCAAAUAUGACAAAGAACAAAGAACCCGAGGCCAAGUGGAGAGGAUAUCCCAAAUCUAAAAAUAUCUGUUAAUUUUUCCGGAGAGCAUUUCACGCAGCGCUCCAAAACUCUUCUAUCUCUGUGUUUUGCUCUGGAAUACUGCCGCAAAGGAUGCUCACGGAGGAACCUUGCCAACACGGACCUCUCUUUUCAAAAGACGAAAAACGAAAAUGUCAACAUAAACAAGGGAACAUGUACAGCUAUCAUCGACGGCAGAUCAUCAAAAGAGCCCCCAUGCCUUUAUAUAACAUGCAACGCGCGAUGGUGUCGCACAACAGCGGCCUGCUAGUGGGACAAACCUUCAUUCUGCUUCCUCCACUGUACAUGUAGCAACAUAUGUAACUGUUGCAGCGCUCCAUAAAACAUCCGCUGGA